CGUCAGCGCGUCGUUGCUAUGGUAACCCACAGACAGACCCCCUCACCUGAACCCUUUAAAAAGGUGAACCACAUGACGUCUUCAAAGAAAGCCCGAAACUUCCCCGGCAGGUCGUGGAGGGACGGAGAGGCCGGGGAGGAGGAGAGCCCGCUGACCAUGUUCGAGGUGUAUCAGGGGAGGAGCAGAGAGAAGAUCGUGCUACAGCGGCUGAUAGUGAUUGCUCGGCUCCCCCACCGUCUUGCUGACAGGACAGAACUGGGAGCUCAUUAUGAAAGACUCAACUUCCACUUAAGCAAACAGUACACGUUUGAUCACAUCACGGGCCUGUUGUUGAUUUAUCCGUCCGUUCUGCUGCACGUCAUCGAGUCAUCCAGAGACGUUCUGCUUUCUGUUCUGAAAGACCUCAAAGACCUGCAACAAGAAACAGACUGUGCCUUGCUGGAAGCUCCCAAGGUUGUGUUCAUGGCACAUAACCCUGAAAGCCGGCUGUUCCAACAGUGGAGCUACAAGGUGCUCAAUGUAGAUCAGAAGCCCGGAGACGCUGAAGCUAAAGAACAAGAGGAAGAGGAGGACAGCACCGAGACUCUGGUCUGCACUGUCCUGUCCGCUCUGCAGAAACUGGGUGAACAUCUUGAAACGUCUAAGAAGGCCGAUCGUGGGUCGGUGCUGGAUGAGACACCGGGGCUGGUCAUCUCUCAGGCGGUUCUGGAAAAGCUUUUGGCUCGAGCUGAUUUCCUGACUCCACAAGAACACCUGCAGAUGUACGACUCACCGUUAAACAUCAGCAUGGACUGCGGAAAAGUUAUUCGAAGCAGCUUUCACACCACGGUUUAACUGUAAGCGGGAUACGAUACGUCCAGCUUGGUUUUUCUGAGCCAUAUUUGGAUAUUUAGACGAACAGGUGGAGCUCAGGAGCUGGACGGACUCGCCUCCAAAGCAAACCCUGCUUUAGCAUCCAAAAUGUACAAACUGAGCAUCAUGCUGUGUGGACUUUACACUAGAGACUGAGAGCAUAAACUCAAGAGGAAACUGAGGUCAUAACCCAAAAGACAAGUCGGCUCAUUUCUCCAUAAGACUCUAUGCAAUCUGAUUGUUUUGGAGCCAGUUGUGCUGCCCACCUGCAGAUAUUCAUGGGCCCCAGAGGAUGCAUCAUACUCUCUGACCUUUUCAUGCUCUACACUGAGAUUAACUUUCUUGUUCUUUUGUGAAAAUAUUGGAUGAACUGGUUCAGACAUUCACAAACAAUAAAUCCAAAUGACUUCAGUGACAUUUGUGGUUCGUUGUUUUAUGUUUCUAACAGCUGUUUUAUUACAGCCUGGAAGGCUCAGUCGUGUUUAAAUGUCAUUUUUCAUCGCUGUAAGCUUCACAAACAAAUGUUUCUUUCACCUCUCUCUCUGCGUGACUAGAUACUAGACUACCAACCCUUCAUCCUUCAUCUUUUCUUUGCAUGUUUUGGCCAUGACCACUGUAUAUUGGAGGCUGUUGUUCAUCACAGAGGUCUGCAUGCCACAUGACGCAUUUCAAUGCUUCACUGUCAGCCACUUUAAACUUUGAUUUACUCCGCAAUUCAAG